CACAAACAUGCGAUCAUUUCAUCAUAGAUGGGGUUUUGCAAGCUCCUGUGUUCAAAUAUUCCCGAUCGUCAUUGCUACUUGGCCUAAUCUCUGGGCUCUAGCUAUGAAUACUAGCCUUUUAAGGCAAAUGUAUGGCGUCCCUUGGCACGCUGUUCUCCCUGCACUGACAAACUAGCUCGGCUGAUGUUCCACCUCAGCCUAUACAAGCCAUGCUGCGAUGCAUAAACCGUAUUUUGAAGAGUUCCACGACGCGGGUACCUCACAUGCCAAAGGGAUUUUCAUCCACUUACGAAGCCUUUCUCGGCGGCAAUAGAACUACGACUCGUGAAUGGCAGCCUAGUGCAAUGCAUACGUACGCUGGAUGGGAGGACCUGGGUUGGAAGCGAGGAGCUAACAUAAUUCAGACGGUGAACACUGGUGAGAUGCGGAGAACACCGACCAGAAAGGAAUUCAUCGUCUAUUUUUGUGUUUGGUCUCAGGUGUUGCAGAUACUAGUGGGCAUUUUGAAUCGACCUCAGCACUAUGCUUACCCCUUACGGAACACGCUUCUUCCAAGAACUCCAUCGAAGCAAUUCACGAUCUGCAUUAUGUAGGCCUUGGCGAUAAUGCAACACGUACUUGGCCAAGUUACUGAUGUCUUCGAGGCAAUGUUUGGUAGAAGAUCGACUCUUCAAUGCGCUCCAAUAAUAAUUGGGGUGACUCGGAAAUGAUGCUGCCUUCAGUUUCCGG